ACCCUUGCUAGAGCUUGCUAAGUACUGAUGGCUGGAUGGACAAUGCUAGAAUUGAGCAGCCCUACUGGAGUGAAUUUCUAUGCAGUGCAUCACAUGAUUUUUUAUCCUGCCAUCCCGCCCAUUUAGUGCGUCAUGUGAUUCAAUUCUUUUUCCCGCUCAUCUGUGUGCUCCUCAUGAUAAGUCACAAGGUGCACUCAGAGCCGCGCCCGAGGCCAGUAGGUCCCCCGCGAGGGCAAAACAGUGUGAUGGCGGGGUAACUGAGGUGUGCGCAUCAGCGUCGUUGGUCAUCUCGUGAUCGCCAUCAGCGCUGAUACGCGGUUGUCUUAUUUCCUGAUGCAGGUAAUCGAUAAUGUACUCAAAGAUCCAGGAGUAGCGGAUCCGAUGCUGCUGAAUUGCGCCAUGGGUCUUCUCAUCACCGGUGCCAUCUUCAAGUCCACGGCUCCCGACGAAACCGAUGCAGAACGUCGGGAACUUGAGAGAAUGGUUGCAGAAGCGGCUGCACCAAAGGGGAAGUCGUCAGCCAAAACUGCACAUGCGAAACGGGAGCAAAUGCUCCGGCAACAUGCAGCAGAAGCCGAGAAGGUCAAGACUGGGCAGAAUGAUAUUCGAUGGAUUUUCCUUGGGGAUGUUUGUGUGAACUAG